CUCAACAACCUGAAGUCGGUCCAGGUAACACUUUAUCACCGCUGAAUCGAGCUUUUGCUGAUGCUGAGUUCCAGUGCAGCCCUCCAGAGUGCGGUUUUCAGAAGAAUUGGAAAAGUCCCUUAAAUUGCAGCAUCAGAAUUGGGGGCCCCAAGCAAGAGAAAGCAUAUUCAAGGGACCAGAAGUUUGGGACAAUGCGAGUCCACGUGCACACCAGAUUUUGUUUCCUGUGUGUGCUCACAUUCCUCUAUCACCAGUCCAGCCACUGUCACGGAAACGGGCACCAUCAGCAGCACCGCGGCCAUCACCACGCCAACCACACGCACAAUGACCUGCAGAUUUCCGAGGCUCCGUAUGUGAGAAGACCUACUCCCACUGCAGAGUUUACCCAUCAUAAGGAGGGUUCUUUAAAAGAAGAGCAGCACUUCUACAUCCAGCAGUUGUUCAGGCGUUAUGGCAAGAAGGACCGACUUGAUUUCCAAGGAUUUCAGAGUCUCCUGGUUAGCCUAGGUCUUGGCAAAGUGAAAGUGGUAGACAUGGAUCACGACAAUCUCGGGCACGACCACGUCGCUCAUCUAGACAUUCUCGACGUGCAGGAGGGCCUCCAUACGCAUGGCGAAACUCGUGGCAAUGUUCGUCAUAGUCCCGGCUCCCACCAGCCGCACACAGAACAAGGUCCCACGGAGUGCAGUCAGCACACCACCGCAGCCAGCACACCUCCCGGCGCAUCGAGAGAACACCCCCAUAAACACAAUCAUGAUCAUAAUCACACCCACAGUCAUACGCACGAUGCAGACCAUAGACCCGAUCAUGCCGAGGAGGAUGACGGCGAACACUCUGAACACGCACAAAUGAGCACAGAUAUGUCUCCCACUAACCUGGAACAUCAGUCUUCUGCCCAAACGGACACACCUCACAUCCCUCAAGACCUGCUGUCUUCUACUGCCCCCACAGACCCUAAGCCCAAGAGGCCAAGAAAACCAGGAAAGGUCAGAGGACAACGAGGGCAAAACAAAACUCUAUCACCUCCCACAGCACUGUCUGAUAACCACGACCACAAAAAUGGAGUCGAUCAUGGUCACGACUAUUCUCAUAAAGACAAACGAGAAGCACUAGGGGGGCCCAACACUGCAACAGUUACAGGCCCUAUUCUGUCUGGACAUGCAGGUGGCUUGUCUCAUCAGCAUGAGGAGUGUUUGAACCUGAACCAGCUCCUCACCUACUACGGGCUGAGUCCCAACUCCCUCAUCUCUCCGAGCCAGUUCACCUAUUUGUGCCCCGCCCUGCUGUACCAGAUAGACAGCCGCGUGUGUAUCCGCCAUUAUCACCAGAUGGAUGUGGAGCAGGAAGCCUUGGAGAAUGUCAAUUCUGUGUGGACCUGGGUGUGGGGCUUCGUGUCCAUCACCAUCAUCAGCCUGCUGUCUCUGCUGGGAGUUAUUUUGGUGCCCAUCCUCAACCAGUCCUGCUUCAAGUUCCUGCUCACCUUCCUGGUAGCCCUGGCUGUGGGCACACUCAGCGGCGAUGCUCUCCUUCACUUACUGCCUCAUUCUCAAGGGCAGCAUGACCACAGUGACGAGAGCCAUGGCACUGAUCUUGUGACAGACUUUGAUGGAGUGUGGAAGGGCUUGACUGCGUUGGCUGGCAUUUACCUCCUCUUCAUUUUUGAGCAUUGUAUCGGCAUGUUUAAGCACUACAAGGAUCAAAGGUCUGCGAAGAAUGCAAGUCAAGAGGGCAAGAUUGGCAGGAAGUUGUCAGAUCACAAAUUAAAUCGCCGCUCCGAUGCAGAAUGGGUGCACUUGAAGGCGCUCGGUGAUGACCCCGACACCAGUGCCAUCUCCUGCGACAAUGACCACAAUGACACGCAAUUCACAGAGCUCCGGACGCCCGACUCCCCCACCAACAAGACGCCGCUGAAACCUGCCGACGCCCACCGGUCGCCCGCUAAGGUGAACGGACACAAGGUCAACCAGCACAGUCACGGCCACAGCCACUCCCAUGGUGGGAACUGCCACUCGGAUCAGGAGAUGAAGGACGCCGGAAUAGCCAGCAUCGCCUGGAUGGUCAUCAUGGGUGAUGGCAUGCAUAACUUCAGCGAUGGGCUGGCCAUUGGCGCAGCAUUCAGCGCAAACCUCACAGGAGGCAUCAGUACCUCCGUGGCUGUUUUCUGCCACGAACUACCUCACGAACUCGGUGACUUUGCCGUGCUGCUGAAAGCGGGCAUGUCGGUGAAACAGGCCAUCGUCUACAAUCUGCUCUCAGCCCUCAUGGCCUACGUGGGCAUGCUAAUCGGCACAGCUGUGGGCCAGUACACACACAGUGUCACCAGCUGGAUCUUCGCCGUCACAGCCGGCAUGUUUCUCUAUGUGGCGUUGGUGGAUAUGCUGCCGGAGUUGCUCCACGGCGACAGCGAGGUGCACAAGCGCUGCCAGCUGGGACACUUUAUCCUGCAGAACCUGGGAAUGCUGACCGGGUUCGGCAUCAUGCUGCUGAUCGCCAUCUUCGAGGACCGCAUCGUCUUCGACUUUGGCUUUUAAAGUGACGCCAACAGGAAGGUGAAGCGUAGAGCUUUUCAGUAUUUUUCUUCUCGGAGUCACAUUCACUGACCCUGAAUGUCAUUUGUCAUGUUUACACCCCCCUAUCACUUCCCAUUUUACUGUGGUGUUAAAUGCCCUUUCGGGGGCUUCAACAUGCAGGAAAAUUGACCAAUUUGAACCCUCACACAUGCAUUCUGGUGAGAAUUUGAGUUGAGUUUUAGGGGUCCUCAACAAGAACCUCUUAAAACCUAACUCACCAGCGCCCCCUAGGAAGAUAGAAAAACCUGCCCUCUUCGUACAGUAUGUGGCCAGAGAGAGGAAGUAGGACUUUUUGAUUGGAAGCAGCCAUUUUGGAGUGCAAAUUACACUGCUCAUCCUUCGACAACCUCCAGCGAGAGAAUUUGCCUAAAUAAGACCCAAAAGCCCCAACUUGGAAGCAGGCAGCCAAUAGACAAGACAGGCAAAUUCUAAUUAUUAUUUUUUUUGCCUCCGCCAUUCGGUCAAAGUUUGACGAUCAUUUUAAGUAUUUAGUAGUUAUUUAUAGAGAUAUUUUUUGACCCGGCUGCUCCUAGUGUAACACACUACCGCUGCUACACCAUGUUUAACUAAUGUGUUUAGAAAAUGGAUGCCGUACAUGUUCGUGUUAGCAAUGAGAUGAUGAGCUUGAAAUCCACGAGACCUCAAGAAUACUUUGCAGAAGACUUUCAGUCUUGUCUGUUAUUCUUUUUCUUGUUCAUAUACGUUGAUUUUAGUUUAUUUACACCAAGCGGUGCUUUUGCGUAAAUAGUGAGACAUUGUCUGUAGCUCACCAAUGACACAUGGGUAUCUCAUUUGAAGCUUGAAUUUGCAAAAUACGUUAAUUGGUUCCUCCAAUCAUUGCUAUCCUGUGAAAAGUGUGGAAAUACACACUUAGGAUUCUCUGUGUCUUCCUGCUGUGAGGUGUGUAGCUAAACAACCAGUGGCGUCUUUUAUAACAUAUUCAUGAUGUAUGGGCUUUCCCAUACUCAAAAACGUAUUCAUCCUGGUAGCUGGCGUGACCUAAUAAAAAACCUACUUUAAAAAUUCAGCCCCGAAGUCAGUGGCAUGCCUGAACAUGGAAUUUCUUAUGCCUGUCUAUAAUGAGUAGACCUACAAAAACGUCUCAAGAAGCCAUGCCCCAAAACAUACAGGUAUCUGCCAUUUUGGUUUGAAGCAACCAUUUUAGUCAUGUUACUCAUUUCCAUAGCUCAUUCAAAGAAAGUUUAGUCCCUGAAGGUGUUUUAACUGGCGUGAAACAUGAAAUUUGGAAUAUUUAUAUUAUAAUAUUUACCACAAUCCAAAUUUUAAAAUGCAACAUACAGUCUUUGAGCAGCAAUGAUAAAUUAAAACUCUUAUCUCAAGGAACCGCUGCUAAGUACUUCUGACCGAGACAGAUGGAACUCUUACCGCAGACCAAACAAAAUCCUCGUGUUGGCCUUGAGCACCUCCUCCUUUCUGUGCUGUGACUCCAAGCCAAGCGAUACCGACCCGUGAGUGAUUCUUCCAUGGGGGCCAACAGUGUCCAAUCUUGACGAGCCAGUGGCUGGUGCUUGACAUGACUCCCCCCCCCCGUCCCCCUCCAAAAAAAUCAUCUCCUUCCCUUCCAUCGACAUUCCAUUGCUGGUUCUGCUGCUAACGAGCUAAGCUACAUCGCCGAGUUUCAGCUGCUAGAACAUAAAGUAGAUAUGUUUGUGCGCGUGUGUGCGACCAUUUAACCUGUCACCAUGUGACAUGAUUCAUGUUUUUUUUUUUGGGAGUCACUCCUGUAGAUCAUCCCGAUCGUAGCAUGACCAGCAACUGGUGCUUACUUUUUUGUGUGAUGACUGUAAAAAUUGAUUUGUACUGCCAAGUUCCAAUAUGGGCACACCUUGAUUAGUCUUUAGCUUUGUGGCUAAAAGCAAACAGAAAAGACAGAUACAGAAAGACGGUUGUUGUUUUUUUAACCCUCCCAUUAUGUUUUGUGGGUCAAAAUGACAGAUUUUAUAGUUAAAGAAAUAAAUCAAAGCAGUUCUGCUUGAAAUGGUUAUUGGAGUUAUGAGAUAUAAACAGUAUAUAAUGGGACUUGUUGUUGGUUUCUGACACUUUUGGAUCAUUACACAUGCCGCGGGUCAAAUUGACCUGGAAGCAUUAUUGCUGUUCCUGAGAAACAAACAUUAAACAGGAGGGUUAAAGGAAGGCUUCACAUGUUUGUACUGCCCUUUUCCAUUCUCUCAAAUGCAAUUGUUCACUGUGUCUUUAUCAUGUUUACUGUAUUCAUUUGGUUCAGCUGUUGUAUUUUAAAUCAAACUUUCAGCUUAUAAAUUAUUUCCAUUGGGACGCCAUGCACACGUGAUACUCUGAAGAUUGUUUUGUUCAAAAUCAUUGUGUAAAAAAUGAAGGUCAAGAAUCUUGUUAGCUAUGUUGUAUGUUUAUCGUCUUUGCUGUUAUGCUGUCCCUAAAAAAUGGACAAUAAAAAUAUUUCGCAUCAA